GCGGCGGCGCGGAGCGAUGGCGGCGCUGGGCGGCCGCGGGAGGGUGGCGGCAGCGCUGCUGCUGCGGCGGGGGCCGCCGCCGGGGCUGGCGCCGGGGCCUCGUCGGCACCGCUACAAGGAGAAGUGGGCUGCCACAGCUCCCCGCAUCCCCCCGACACGCCUGGCGCUGCACCACUUUGACACGAACUACAGCCUGCAGCUGAAGGACUUGUGGCCCUCUGUCCGCAUUGGCCUGCUCUGUGAGCAGAAGUAUGGUGCCCUCAUGAACAACUUCUCUUCUGCUGAGCAUGUCAGCCAAGAGCUGGAGCUGCUGAAUGCCACCGAUUUUGUUUCUGAAGCCCCCCAAAAGGCGCAGGUUGCAGCUGUGGAAGAAGCGGAGAGAGGAGAAAGCAGGUCCCAGGAGGGGUCUGGCAAAGGCAGGGCAGUGAUGCAGGCAGAGACAACGACACAGGCAGAGAUGUCACCGCCGCUCUGUGCCUCCAUCCACUCCAACAUCAAGUGUUACACCUUCCCCAGGGGGGACAUCACGCGCUUUCGCCCUGCACGCCCAGACGCUCUGGGACUCCUUGACUAUUACCUUCUGGAUGCAGCAUCUCUCCUGCCUGUCCUGGCACUCAACGUGCAGCCGGGUGACUGCGUCCUUGACCUCUGUGCUGCUCCGGGUGGCAAGACCCUGGCUCUGCUGCAGACCGGCCUUUGUGGGCAUCUGGCAGCCAACGACGUUUCUGUUUCCCGGACAAAGAGGCUGUGCCAGGUUCUCCAGAGCUAUGUUCCCAAAGAAAUCAGGGAAACUGUGAGUGUCACGUCUUAUGAUGGAAGGGACUGGCAGCAGGUGGAAGGUGGCACUUUCCAUAAGGUCCUGGUGGAUGUACCCUGUACAACAGACAGGCACUCUGUCAUGGAGAACGAGAACAACAUCUUCCACAAGAUGCGAACCAAGGAGCGUCAGAUGUUGCCCAUGCUGCAGCUGCAGCUGCUGAUGGCUGGAAUCCUUGCCACCAAGCCAGGAGGGGAGGUGGUGUAUUCCACAUGCUCCCUCUCCCCGCUGCAGAACGAGUACGUGAUGGAGAGGGCGGUAGAAAUCGCAGCAAGCCAGUUUAACAUCGGGGUCCGGGCCGAGGACUUGAGCCACUUCCGGACGCUCUUCCAGGACACCUUCUCCUUCUUCUCGGAGUGCCGGCUGGGGGAGCUUGUUCUGCCUCACCUCACAGCCAACUUUGGACCUAUCUAUUUCUGCAAGCUGCGGCGCCUCUAGAUAGAGCAGCGGCCUCCUGCCUGCUGGCUGCCAGGAAGUACCUGCAGUUUCCCAGGGAAAGCAAA